ACGUCGUUAGUUCCACUCCGAUAUAACAAUUGUAAAUAUCAAGUACAUAAUAUACUUCGUUAUACAUAAAACCUGAGAAACCAGCUGAGGAAAAACCUAAUGAUAAAAUAUGUUGUCGGUCUCGUGGUGAAUCGUUUGACCUUAGUGAUUGAUUAACACUGUGCAACGAUGCUACUCAUCUCUGUCAGUGAUAGAACGUCAGAACCAGAUGCCUCACCGAGUAAUUCCGGAAACUUGUGGUUUUCAAUGUUAAAAAACGUUAUUUGAGAUCAAAAUCAUCCAGAGCCCUCAAAUUUGAAGGAAAAAAGUGGAAGGAUGGGGUCGAUAGCAUUGGAGGAGUAUGAGUUAAUGAAGGACUCGAAAUAUCGAGUUUACGUAUCAUCAGUAGACAAAGCCCUGAAGAACUUCGAGUACACGAGUGAAUGGGCGGACCUCAUAUCGGCCCUGGGAAAACUGAACAAAGUCCUCUUGAGUAAUUUAAAAUUCCCAGUGAUUCCUCGCCGAAUAAAGAUUUCAAAACGCCUGGCGCAGUGCAUGCAUCCAGCCCUCCCUUCGGGAGUCCAUCUGAAAGCCCUGGAGACGUACGAUGUAAUUUUUAAAUGUAUGGGAACAAAUCGUCUCUCUCAUGAGCUCUUCAUCUACAGUGCAGGACUCUUUCCUCUUCUGGGUCAUGCUGCUAUGAACGUUCGUCCAACUCUACUCACUGUUUAUGAAACACAUUUUGUUCCUCUGGGGGAACGUCUUCGUCCAGGACUCUCUGGUUUUCUCUCAGGUGUCCUUCCAGGACUGGAGGAAGGUUCCGACCACUUCGAUCGAACCAACUCUCUCCUGGAAAAGGUCUGUGAAGGAGUCGGUCCCCGGCAUUUUUACGCCUGCCUCUGGGACUGUCUGGCGUCCAACUCAGGGAUUCGCCUGCCAGCCAUUUCCUUCGUCCUCUCGCACUUCAACAAGAAACUCCCCAUGGAAGGGCAACUCUUCAUAAUGGGAACAAACUCCGACAUAAUGGUGUCAGCUCUGUGUGCAGGUGUUCAAGACAGUUCAGUCCUAGUUCAGCGUAGUGCCCUAGACCUUCUCCUGAUUGGUUUUCCCGUCCACAAUAGUCAGCUCAAUCACCACGAUAUGGUGACCCUUCUGACAUCAGCCCUCACGACAAUCCUGAGAAGAGAUAUGAGCCUGAAUCGAAGAUUGUUUGCCUGGUUGUUGGGAACUGAAGUCAGCAAUUCAAUCCUCAAGAAGAAGCUGGAACCCGAGGAGGCAGCAUCAGCGGCUUCGUACUUCGACACCUUCUCAAAGGAGAUGUUAAUCGAGGCGAUUAAAAACACCUUGAAACACGUCUGUGAGGAUCACCCCCUGGACUUGAAGCCCUACAGAAUUCUCGUGUCCCUUCUGGACAAGCCUGACAUUGGCCCUGUGAUUCUCGAUGACAUCCUCUACGAGGUCUUCAGGACCUUCUAUAACGCGUGCUCUCAAUCGUUGGCGAAACCCCUGAAGUCUCACGAAGUCGUGAAGUCUGCGAAUCUAUUGUUCUCGACACUGGAGCCUUCGUAUGUCUGGGUGCACUGUGGCUACCUCUUCGAUCAGGCUUGUGAUGCAAAAGAAAAAGAAUCACAAGUCCCUGAAGGUGAUGGAGUAAAGCCAGUGGCUUCAGGUAUGCCUGGACUCCUGGAGGUAUGUCAUUUGACUGAAUUUUUAUUGGAGACAGUUUCGGUGGAUGCAUUCAUAGACACCCCUUCUGAACACCUUCCAGAGAUGUUUCACGGGAUAAUAAAUAAAUUGUCGUCAAAAUUACACGUGUUCACGCCACAGGAGAUAGGUAGAAGUCUCUCCCUGUGUAGAAAGAUUUUGUCUAAAGUACAACCAAUCAUAACAGUUCCACAAUCAGAGAAACAAGAUGAAACGAAGCAGGAGUGCCAGACCACCCAGGACGCCUUAACCACUAUUCCCCUGGAGAAGAGUCAAUCAGACUCAAAAUUAAAUAAACAAAAGACUCCAUCUUUCCCUGAACGCACCCCGAGCCCUCGUCGACGAGCGAACUCUGGUGGUGCCCCAAAACGCGAAAAGAAAUCUCGUAAAAAGUCAAGUAAAAGUGUCUCGAAACUUAGUGAAAUGGGACCAGAGGACGUGACAAAUAUAUCUGUGAUCAUAACUGACGAAUCUAAAUUAAAAGCUGUGGACGAUUCGUCGAUUAGUUACGAAGAAGUAAAGCCAAAUGAUAUGGACACCUCCAUCACGAGGUCUCCAUCCCCAGGUCUCCACGCUCAGCACUCGAUGCUGGAAAAAUGUCUCAAGAUUUUUGAACAAUUUUACGUUAAACUCAUCAGCGAGAGAAUUCUUGGACAUGAGCGUAAGGUCUCCGAAAUGUUCGAGGAGUUGGUAGUUUCUACUCCAAAGGACUACGACGAGCGUUCACGACAUCUGGAGAGGAUCCUAUCAUCGAGGCUCGUUCAUGAAGACGACGAAAUUAUCUACAAGGAUUUAUCCCCAGUAGAUCUUGAGGAAGAACCAAAAUACAACUAUCAUUUGGUAUCGGUGGACCAAGACAGCUGGGAGGACAUCCUGAGGGUCUCCUCUUCGUUGUUAGUGGAGUUAUCAACCUUUCCAACGUACUAUGAGCCUGGAGAUGUUCUUCAGGAAGAAGAGCCCAUCAAUAUUCAGAGCCUCCCAGGAUGGCUACAGGUGCUUAUUGUGUGUGCUUGUUGGCUUGGAAAACAGCCUUCUCUUCAACUGAUCAGUAUAUCGACACUGCUGGACCUGAUAGCGCUGUCGGCAGCCCAGAGUGAUCUGUCCUCUCCCUCGACAUCAGGAGAAGGUGUUACCACAGUUAUAAUGGUUCCACUUCUCAAGAAAUGGCACAUUUCUUAUCUGAUUGACUACACGAAUGUUUUCCAGGCACUGGCUACCUCCCUCUGGCAUCAUCUGGGUGAGCUGCCAGCUCACAAAUAUCGUUUGAGAUGCGUCGAGCUCCUCCACGAGCUCCACAAUUCCAUUCACCAGACCUGUGAUGCUGUUGAGGAUGUCAUUGGUUCUGCCCUGACAUUCAACAGUCAAGAGAGGAAGAUAGAAGCGUUCAAAAGAUUCUCCACACUGUGGCACCUGGGACGAGAAAUCGAGAUCACCUCCAGACUGAGGAGAUCCUCGAAGAGCUUCGACAAAAGCCUCCUGAAGAUGCUGGAUAACCUUCAAUUGUCCGACAAUUCUCCCCUCAAACUUCACGCCCAGUCUUGGCUGCUGCACUCCCUCGUCCGUGGGGAUAUUGCCAGGGUCGUUGAUCCAGUCCUCAUGAUGCUCCUGGAUCCCUCCACCUCCCGGAUGAGUGUCCUUCACGUCAGCAUUCAACACAGCAAUACUGUCUUCACGAAGAACGACGUUGAGGAGAAAUCAGAGGUGCAGGACGAUUCUGAAGGGGCUGCGAAAAUCUACGCCAUAAGUUCAGUUGAUGGUAACGUCAUCUAUCACGUGUCAGACUCCAACGAGGACGACAAAAAAACGAAGAGAAGGAAGAAGAAGAAGGCUAUAAACCCAGUGAAAGUCAAGAGAAUAUUUGCCGUGACGACUCUAGCAAAUACAGACAAGGGAAAUCAGUACGUAACAGAGAGAAAUCAGUUCAUGAAGGAGUUGGAAGUGCCACCAAGCAUCUCCGAGAAUAAAAACAUCUCAGUUUUCGUGAAUCCCUUAUCAGUCAACUGCAAUACAAAUUCUCUUGACUCCCUCAACGACGAGGAGACUAAAAAAUCGGCGAUUCCAGUGGAGCUCUUCAAGAACGCCACGAGAUUCCGAAAACCCCUGGAGAACAGAUCCUCAGGUAGUUUCGACGAUAGCCUCUUUGAGACAGCGGGUUCCACCGCCAAAGGGCGAGAUAAGACAAAUCUGAAGAAAGUUUCAAAGGAGCUAGGAUCAUCCUUAGAUUCGAUAUCAAAUAGUUUGGAAUCGAAUAGUGUCGAUAGUGGCAAACAAAAAUCCAAAAAAGAACCCCUAGCUAUUCUCUCAGGAAGUGCGAGAGAGGUGGCUGGAACCCUUCUCAAGGGAAAAUACUUGAGUACAAAUGAAUUCUCAACGAAUUACGAUCUCCACGACUCGCUCUCGACAUAUGAAAACAACAUAGGUGUCCCCAGUUGGACGAUGGGCGAUGAGGACGGUGAACUUGACCUCAGCACCACUGCUGAGGAAUAUUUCUCCAACUCCAGUGGCAUAAGUGUUGUCGAGGAGGUCCUCAAUGAAGUGGUAGACAAAGUCUUGGAGAUGUGUGAGUAUGUGGAGCCGACGAAAGCCUCCGACGAAUCCGUUCAACUGGACAAUGGACUCCGCCGUGCGUCUGGUGUUGGUGUUCACAAUCUUCACUCCCACAUGCUUCUUUACUGUGGCGUAUACGACUCAACGAGGACCCUCUAUGCUUUGAGAACAUUGCGAAGUGAAUUGGUGACCAACACCCGAAUGUUUCUCUUCGCAUCUGCAACGACAGGCAUAUCUAAUGCUUCAAAAGCAACACCCUUGCUGAAUCUCUUGGCGCGACACAGGAAGAGUGUACUAGGUAGGGGAUUCUACGGAGAUGUGGCAAGUACAAAGUUCCUCGCGUCUUACCGAAGCUCAAUGUACCUGGAGGUCCUGAUAAUUGUCUGUCUUUAUCUAAUACGAAGUUACUACCCUAAUCUUGGACAGAUGCGACUCACUCAGGAAGAAAUAGCGGGAAAUCGUCAGGUGCAACUUGCAAGUGCUGAACUCUUGACAUUGAUAUUCUCCGAGUUGAUAUCAAUCGUCCGAGAAUCGGGGAAAGGUUUCAGCUGUUACAUAAUCGAUCUCCUGACAAAAUGCAAGGUCCAAAAGAUAGCCCUGCACUGCCUAGUCUCCUCCGUCCUUAACAUGAAGAACACCCAGAAGGAGAAUGAUGAGCUCUUCACCUUCACCGAGGAGAUCGUCAUGUUCAAUGAUCCUGUCUCAGAGACAGACAUCAACAAGUGUAAAUUCCGAAGUUCUGAUCACACAGAAGCCUUUCAGAUUCAGCUGUUGAGACUAGUCCUGAGUCUGACAAUGCUGGAGCACCAGUGCACAGCGCAGAAGGGAGACGAUGUAUCCCAAACACCGCAGGCCCCCUCAACCCCGACUAAAUCAGUCCCAAAUUUAUCCGGGAGUGCAUUAGAGUACGUUCCAGGAGCUCCUAUUCCCCAACAACCGAUGUUUCUCGCCAGCAUCCUGAGUGCCUUGCAGCUAGAUCACAUGAGGCAUCUCCACCAGCACUGGACCAAUUCAGUUACCUCCAGUCUUCCCUACAUGGGAGCAUCUCUGACUCAAGUUGUAACAUCAGUAAUUCAUCAGUUGUGCUGCAAUAUUGAGCAUCUAGCGUCCUACUACGUUCCUCAGGAGGGCAUUCCAGGGGGUAAACUGAGUGAUCUGAGUUCGGUUGAGUGUUGUCUACCAGCGGACUACACAGUAACACAUCUUGAGGCUCUGACCUUCCUCUUGCAAUACUGCCUUCUCGACAGUUCCCAACAAAUAAGCUUCUCCUUCAAUCCACCCUUCAGUGGUGCUCUUCAAGCUGGCGUACCUGGUGCCAAUCCCAGCCAGAUAUUCAACAACCUCAUCCACGUAUUCACACCAACUCCACUCGGCAACGAUUCCAAUUCAAAGGACAAACCGAGUGAGCAGCACUUGCACGCAAGAAGAACAGCUCUUAGUCAUCUUCCCAGGAUAAUCGCAUCAUUGGCUGCCCUGUGGCAGGCAGUCCUGGCAACUAAAGACAACGAACAGGCUAGCUGUGUCGUAGGUAGUCCUAGGGUGGUCAAGCAUCAGUUACUGGAACUCCUAUCCCCAAUCUCCUUUCACCACGGUGGCAACUUUCUCGCAGCUAUCGCUGUCGCUUGGCACGAGAGGAGGGGACCGAGUUCCAAUGGUAAGAGAGUUCUCCCUGAAGCCUGUCCCAAUCAACAAGUCAUGGUGGACCUUGUCAGCGCCAUUAGAGUCAUGCCGAUUGACACUCUAGUCCAGACUGUCAAUCAAGUGAUAAAAACACAGCCUCCAAUCCACGGUGUUAAGCAAGACUUCUCCCUAGAGGUUUCUGUCCUCGAACUCCUGUACGUCUACAUGCAGAGUAAUUCCAAUCAGUCAUUGUCAGAGUCCUGGGGGUCUCUCCUUGGGCUUCUCAAGGACGGUUUAUCCCUGACUGCACCUGCCCAAUUUCUCCUCCUAGCCAUUUUGAAUGAGUACAUUCAGAAAUGUCCACCGAUGCAUGAGAAGAAGGACAUUAGAGAGCUGCAGGACAUAUCAGCUAAACUUGUGGAAUCUUGCUCGCAGAUAGCUGGGGCUUGUCUGGAACAGACAACCUGGUUGCGACGAAACCUCGCUGUCCGAGAGGAUGUACAUGAUGACGGAAACUCUGAGGGCAGUACUGUACCUGGAACUCCACCGAAUUCCGCCUUCAGUGUCCAAGCACAAGGGGUUCUAGCUGAAAUUCUAGCUCCUCUUCUCGACGUGAGUUACGGAUCGCAGGAGAAGGAGCGUGUGGUGACGUUGCUGACCAAUUUGAUGUACAAUGUAACCCCUUAUCUGAAGAAUCACACCAUUAAAAACAUAUCCUCCUUCAUCGCGUGCUCUCAACUUCUUAGUUCUCUAUCCGGUUAUCAGUACACGAGAAAAGCCUGGAGAAAAGAUGUUCUCGAUCUUCUCCUAGAUCCCGCAUUCUUCCAGAUGACAGCCGCCUGUUUACCGUACUGGAGGACCAUCAUUGACAAUCUCAUGACUCAUGACAACACAACAUUCAGGGACUUGAUGAAUCGAGUGUCCAUUGCUCAGGGUGGAGGAAUCAGUAUAUUUUCGUCAAAGGAACAGGAGUACGAGCAAAGAGCGCAACUACUCAAGAGACUGGCAUUUGUCAUACUCUGCAGUGAAACUGAUCAGUAUCACAAGUACAUGCCGGAUAUCCAGGAGAGGCUGGCAGAUAGUCUGCGACUGCCUCAGGUUGUUCCUUCGAUUCAGGCACAGGUUUUUCUGUGCUUCAGGGUUCUUCUCUUGAGAAUGUCCCCAUCUCACGCGACUUCCCUAUGGCCGGUCAUUGUCAGCGAACUCGUGCAAGUUUUGUUGCAUAUUGAGGAGCAGCUGAACACGGACAGCGAGGAGUUCAGUCGUCAGAGCAGUUCUCAUAUUAAACUGCUGUCAGCGUUGGACUCCUCGUGGGCUAUCAAUGCCAACAACGGCCUCCAGGCCCAUGGGCACCCACACUGGUUGCAAUUGCAGUUGGCAGCUGCCAAAUUACUGGAUCUGGCACUUCUACUGCCAGCCCACAAGCUUCCACAAUUCCAAAUGUAUCGGUGGGCGUUUGUGGGCGAUGCAGCUGUUGGCAAAGCAGAAAACAACAAUCUAUCGUCAGACUUUGUACCGCAUAUUACAAGAAUAGCAAAAUUAAUGGAUUUGAAGUUUAACGAAACCCCACCAGUGAAGGUGACCCCAGGCGAACUGAUCCUGACAUCGAAUCGCAUACGUUCCCUCCAAGACCUUCACUUUUUUUUCUCAACCUUAAGUUGUCGAUCCACCGACUCGGAUGCACCACUUAAUAUAACGCAACUGGAAACUGUAAUCGAGCAGGACUUUCUCGAGCAGAUGCCAACAGUUCCAGUCAGAUAAUAGGAGAGAAAUAAUUCCACUGACCGUACAUUUGUAUAAAAAAAAAUUGAUCAAAUACGAUGACAUGCUGGUAAUGUUCAGUCGUUAACGGAUCAACAAUAAUCGAUAAUAAUUAUUUUAUCAUGGAUAAAUUGUGAUGAAUAGAAUUUAUUUCGCUGUAAUUAACCAAUGAUGGUGCCAUCGUAUCUUUUGCUACGCCACUCGGUUAUCUGACACACGUAUUUAUUCGUAAUGAUCUUUGUAACUAUGCAAAUUGGUAAUUAUAAGGUAAUAUUGAAGGAAAAAGUGUGGAAAAAUAUUUACUGCAAUUACGUAAAGCUUUUCACUUGUCUCCUCAUUCGGUUGUGAAUAGGUAUUUGAUGAUGGAUGAUUCAUUGAGGUUUAAACCUCAUUGAAUUAUUAUGGGAGAUUUUUUUUUCGCGGGAAAAGAUAUUGUAUUAAUAUUCAAGAAAAUUGUGGCUUUUGUUUGCCAUUUCACUAUAAAAAAUUCAGGAAAAUCGAGCAAUUUUUCACUGACGUCACAAAGAAUGUCACAAGUCAUUUCUGUACAAAAUUUUAUGAGUUGGGAUGGAAUAAAUUCAAUGAUUUCAAUUUUCCUGCAAUAAAUCCAUUGAUAUAAAUAAAUGAAAUCUUUAAAUAGCAAAAUAAUUAAAUUUUUCCCGUGCAAAUUAAUUGCCCCAACGCGGCGUGAUGAUAAUACAGAAGUCUAUAUAUAACACUCGAAAUAUAUAUAUUAAUUAUCGUCGUCAAUAAUGUAUAACAUUUUGUAUACAUGUGCACCUGUCAAUUCAUGUAAAUUACUGUUCUCUUUCGUUCCGAUAAUGUAAUUUUUUUAUUGAAAUUGGAGAUUGUAAUCGCGGAGUAAUUGAUUAUUUUUCUACACGUAAGUUAAUGCAAGGGAAUGGAAUAUGUGAGGCGCAUAUCUGAUUUUUUAGGGAAUUAAUUUAUUAAUUGUGCAGUGAAGUGAUUAAACGUUAUGAAUGGAAAAAUUAAAUAGAUCUCAUUCGAUCCACAAUAUGUCCAGAACGAAUAGAGUGAUUUGAAUGAGACAAGUCUCAUUUUAAAGUUUGAAGAAACAUCUUAAGAAUAAAUAAAAAAAUGGAACCGUUAUCUGCACCUGCGUUAUGAAAAUAUUUCUAAUAUAAAAUAAAAAGUUUUUCCACUUCAUUGCAAAAUUUUUUUAGUCAAUUAUAUAACGCAUCCUUAUGCUGUCUUGCCCCACUUCUAAAGACUGAGGGGUCUGAACGCUAGUGGAAAUUAAUAUUACACACGCGUAAAGAUGCAUAAUAAAUAAUUAUUAUUAUUUAAUAUAUUAAAAAGCGCAUGUACGCAAGAGUCUGUAAAAUAGUAUCCGACGCUUCCUUUGUAUAAAAAAAUUACCAUUAAUUAAGUAGAAGUGAUUUGUUAUAAUGUAUAUGUGGAGAGAACGAAAAGUGCAUUAAUAUAAAAAUUAUUUAGAUAUAAUUGAUUAAUCUCGUACGAAAAAUUAGUUGAGAAUAAAGGAGAAAAGUAGUUUCUUGAUCAUAGAA